AUGGGUGAUAAUCUCGAGCCACAGCAGCUGGUAGAACGUCUGGGCGAACUGCUGACGAUGUGGGCGAAAGAAGGAGGCUCUUCUGAGCUGGCGGGGCAACUUCUAAAGGUGUACUGGAGGUUCAUGCGGGCAGUCCAUCAUGACCUUGUACUGAGGGAGCCUCAGGGCGCUGCCUUGGCGACCGCGGCCUGCAUCCCUGUGUGGGAGAUGCUACAUUUUUAUGGUGGUUCUUUUGGCGGUGCCCGUGGGGCAAGUAGGGCGUUUGUAUUGAGUCUUCUAACGGCUCUGUACCCGAAAACGAAGGAUCGGCGUUGCCUCUACCAGCACUCGGGCUGCGUUGGUGGUUUGGGGUUUCCGCGCGUUCCGCUUACCAACCGUCUUCCCAUGUGGGCGGAGGUGAUUAGGUGUCCAACCAACGGAAGUUGUGCGCCUGGCGCUUACGGUGAGGUUGUGGGGUAUGUUCAAAACACCGUGUCAGCAGAAGAGUGCAUUCUUGGUGGCUCUUCCCUUAAUGGUUUGAAGGCGAAAAUAAAGGUAUUAAUGGAAGACGUGUUGCCGCAUUGUCGCUUUGUGACGGGGGACGCUGAGGCGACGUCUGUUACUGCAGCGCAUCCAAGCGCGAUUGUGAUCUCAAUGGCUGGCGAUCCCUCUGCCUCGAUGCAGUCGCAGGAGGUUUUUAAACAAGCCGUUUGGAAAUAUUUGGUUUUUCUGCACGUUUACCUUCCUGAAGAACGGAGGGCGCUGGGUAAUUAUCUAACCACCUCAGCGUGGUCGCAGCAGAGUGUGCGUCUCGCGGACGAUUCAGUGGUAACAUACGCUGCCAUUAUGGCCCCCAUUGUACAUGAGGCCGCGGUGUGUGUCUCGCUCAUGCCCUCUUUUGCGACUGACGCCUCGGAUAACGCCCCACUUUUCCACCCACGCGUGCUGGAGAUGUUGCUACCGAAGGCAGCGGCAAACCAGGACUUUACACCGUGUCUGGAUGACUUGUCAAAGGCUUUUGUUCCCGAUAAAAUCCGGAAAAGAGAUGUUAGCGUUGCCCAUGCCACGGUGGUUGCUGUGCGGGAGCUGCUUGAGGAGUCCAUUCCACAGGAAAUCACACUUUUCGGUGAAAGUACGUCGUGUCGCGAUUGUGACAAACUAACGCAGUUUUGUCGAGAUGUUCUACUCUCACCCAUCACACAACAUACCGCUGCCGGUGGAGUUACUGGUCUUUCUCCCCGUGCCAUGAGGUCUAUGCUGUUUAGCAGAAAGCGGAGACGCGACGAUGGGUUUUACGAGGGACCCGUGUUUUUGCCAAUCGCUUCCAGUUUGUCAGAAAUGCUUGACGAGAAGGCCGCAAAUCAAUCACUCUCUGCGCUGGAGCGCAUUGUAACAGCUUCUGCCUCACUGUGA